GAUGUUAACCCAUUCCAGCCUCCCUCCGGGCUGAUUUGCUGCUUUCUGAGCGUGUGUGUUUGAUUGAGGUUAGCUGGUAGCUUCGCAGAGAUGGCCGCGGACAAGCAGAGCGAAGCUAAACCUUCUCUCACAGAAGAAAAUAAAGAAAAUCUACAUGAAGGAGGUCUGGGUCUCGAAAUUUUGCAAAUCAUCAAGGAGUCCCAGCAGCAGCAUGGCCUCAGACAUGGAGACUACCAAAGAUACAGGGGCUACUGCUCUCGAAGGCUGCGGCGGCUUCGAAAGACUCUUGGCUUCAAAAUGGGCAACAGACACAAGUUUGUUGGAAAGAAAGUCACCGUGGAAAUCCUCUCUGAUAGCAGGUAUCUGUUACUGGUUCUGAUGGAGGCAGAGCGAGCUUGGAGCUACGCCAUGCAGCUGAAGCAGGAGGCCAACACAGAACCGAGGAAGAAAUUCCACCUGCUCGCCCGAUUACGCAAGGCUGCCAAGCACAGCGAGAAGCUGGAGAAGCUCUGCGAGAGCCCGCGCGUUGACGCCAAGACCAAGCUAGAAGCACAGGCCUACACUGCGUACCUGAAUGGGAUGGUUCACUUUGAGCUGCAGGAGUGGAAGCUUGCCAUGGAGGCCUUCAACAAGUGCAAGACCAUCUAUGAGAAACUGGCCAGCGCCUUCACCGAGGAGCUGGCGGUCCUGUAUCGACAGCGUGUGGACGAGAUAUCGCCCAACAUCCGCUACUGUGCUUACAACAUAGGUGACCAGAAUGCCAUCAAUGACUUGAUGCAGAUGAGGCUGACUGGAGGAGGAGGAGGCAUGAUGGCUGAAAAGCUAGAGGUGAUCACUGAUGAGAAGCGGCUGAACAGGAGAACAAUCCUAACGUUGAGAUUGAAGCCUGAAACUCCGCAGCAGCGAUCGUUUUUUAUUUAUUUAUAUAUAAAUGUUUUUUCUGUCCAGGCCGUCAAUGAGGAGACCAAAGAACAUCUGUAUGAGACCCUGCUGGCCGAGUGCAGAGACACCAUCCAGGCUGUGAGAGAGGAGCUGAAGAGCGAGGCGAAACAACGUGAGAGGAGCUCUGAUAAUGAAAGCGGGAAAAUAAGCAACCUUCAGUUCCUGCACAGUUAUCUGACCUACAUCAAGCUGUGCACGUUGGUGAAGAGAAACGAGAGCAUGGCUCACACCCUGCAGGCUAAACUGAAGGAGACCGGGGCUGACGAGAACAAGAGGGGCCCCCGUCCACAAGAUCUGAUCCGGCUCUACGACAUCAUCCUGCAGAGUCUGGCUGAGCUCUCCACCCUGCAGGGACUCGAGGAUGACCACACCUUCCAGAAGGAGGUGUCCCUCAAGACGUUGGUCUACAAGGCCUACAGGUGUUUCUUCAUAGCCCAGUCUUAUGUUCUGGUGAAGAAGUGGAGCGAGGCGCUGGUUCUGUAUGAGAGGGUGCUGAAAUAUGCCAAGGAGGUCCAGUCCAAAGCCAAGAAUCUGAACAAUAGCCUGAAGGAUCUCCCUGAUGUCCAGGAGCUCAUCGCUGAGGUCAACGCUGAGAAGUACUCGCUUCAGGCCGCCGCUAUUCUGGACACUGAUGAAACGCCUGAAGUAAACUCUCAGCAGCAGGUGAAAGACAACAGGCCUCUGUGUGAGCACCUGGACAACUUCCACCUGGACAAGACUCUGGUUGGAAAACACCCCAGUCUGGUCCAGUUCCCGCCCGAGUUCCAGCCCAUCCCCUGCAAGCCUCUGUUCUUCGACCUUGCCCUCAACCACGUGGCCUUCCCACCGCUGGACGACAAGGUGGAGCAAAAGGGCAAAGGCGGCCUGACCGGCUACAUCAAGGGCAUCUUCGGCUUUGGCAGCUAAGCUAAAGCCCCGAACAAGAAGCCAACAAAGGCCCCGCCCCCUCCAAGCUGAUCAAAAACGUGCCUAUUUCUGAAAAUCGGUGGCGUCUGCAGUCUUUAGGAGAGAAUCAAAUCUGCAUCAAGUAGCAAUAUGACCCAUCUCCACCUGGAGCCUGUAAUCCCAUCAGAGCCAGUAAUCUAGUUAGAAGCUUCUAGAUUUAAAGGCUUAAGACUCAAAAUAUUCAGAUUCAACAGAUAAUUGAACAUGAACUUCACUUUCUUAGGUCCUGUAAAGAAUCUGUUUGCAGUUUGAUUUCUUACAUCAGAGACGAUUUCUGCGACUUUUAAAGGAGUUGUUGCUCAAUCAUAGCAUUGAAGGUCUGAAACAGUCCAAGCUAUAAAACUUGAACAUAUCCACUCUGAGCUUCUCUGUUUCCUUGGACACAAUUAUGACUCAGAACCAGGCAGAUUUUCCUCAUAUGCUCUUUAUUGUAGACCUCUAAUUAAACAAAUAUUUUAUCCAACAAAAUGUAUGAGUUUAAAUAUGAAAGAUUUCUUUUUUUCUUUUUAGUAACUUCUGCCGCUUUGCUCCUGAUUCCCUUCUGUCCAUUCAGUUAAGCCCAGACGUAGAUGGAUCUAAUCUAGAGUCGUAUUAAUCAGCUGAUUAUGUUGAACAUUUCAAUUCACGGCCCUUUAGUUCACUUUAUGAAAUAAACUGGUUAUUUGGUUCCUGGCGUCAGUCUGAGGAUCCCGACCGUAAUUAUCAGGGCCGACGCUCCUGCUGUAGUAUUUUUUUUAUCUACAGGAACUGUAGGAACAACGUUAAGCCAUUGAGGAAGGUUUUAUCAGCCUGUCCUUCAUCACACAGCCACACCUCCUGGGUUUAAUGUUUUUACAACAUGAAUAACAUGUCUGGAAGUUCAGCAAUGUUCCAAACAGCUACAGAUUGUUUUGGAAGCAUGGAUAGAACCAGCUAAUCUCACCUGGACCUGGUUUCCUCUGAUGGUUUAGAGGAAUUUUUAAAUGUCCCACAAACACAAACUGCUGUUUUUUUCUUUUAUGGUUUGUAUUUAAGAAUUAAGAUGGACUCAGCUUGGAAGAGUCUCGGUAUCGAUGAUUGUUGGAAACAUCCAUGAAGAUAAUGGAAACUGUUUUCAUCGACUCCUCAGUCCCGUGAUUAAAAUGUAUUGGCACA